AUGCCUUUCACUCCCCAACCUGGGUAUACUGCCCUCCCUCACCCCACCCCGGGGGUGCCGCACUGCCGCUGGGGCCUUCCUUCAGACGCCAAGCCCCUUUCCGUUAUUCCAAGGCGACUGGAACAGAAGGAUCUAGAAGGAGCAGGGGUGGUCGCCCGAAAUCGGAGAAAACCCCGCGUCUGUGGGAUCGUGCUGUGCACUAACCGGUUGCCCUGUUUCCCGAGGGAAGCGCUGCAGGGGUUGGCUGGAGGACCUGGGGGACCUCCAACGCCAAAGAUCACAAAGGCGGCAAGAGGGCAGAGGGUCUGCAACCCCUCGCGCCCCCGACCUCGGGCCAGGCCGGUCCUCCAAGUGAGGGAUUGUGGGAUACAGGAGGAGCUGGACAUCGCAGGGCGGCUGGACGUUACCCCGUAUCCUGUCUGUCAUCAAAGAAGUGGCAAGAGAAGGGAAGAGUUAAAGUCAGCAGCUUCUUCACUGGUUGUGGGCAAGACAGCUGAGUCCAGGCCUGAGGAAGAAAGCAAUGAAGGAACGGAGACAUUCAGACAAGGAAAGGAAUUAUCUCAGCCUUUAAGAUUCGCGAUCUGUUGUGUCCAUAUUUACUCUGACACCAGGGGAGUAUCUCCAUCUUUAUUGGGGGACCCAGACAAUGUUUGUUCAAACGAUUCUGAGUCCUGAGUGACUGAGUCCGAGCCACUGACUGGGAGAUGACUGUCCUGCUUCCAUAAUGGG